CUUUUUUCUCACAACAACCCACCAUCUUCCACCAUAUUGGGUCUUUCUGUUCUGCUAUGAUACAUUCUCAACAAUAAUUCCCGGGAUACCAGACGAGACACCAAAAUGACCGAAUUCGACGCCCUCCUGGCCGAAUACACCGCCAAAGCCAACCCCCAAGUCCACGGCGUGAUCUGCAAAUGCGUUGACCGAACCGGAACGGAGAUCUACAGCAAAGUAGCAGGCUACACCUCACUCGCCCCCGACAGCCCACCCGUGGACGAGAACGCGGUUCUCAAACUCGGCAGCGCCACCAAACUGAUCACAAGCAUCGCUCUCCUCCAAUGCGUGGACAAAAACCUCAUCGGCCUCGACCAACCCCUCACCAGCAUCCUCCCGGAACUGGCGGACAUCGAGAUUCUGACGGACGUCGUUGACGGCCAGUUCACCUUCGCGCCCAGCACCGUCCCGAUCACCGCGCACCACCUCCUCACGCAUACUUCGGGGUUGGGGUACAGAUUCACCCACCGCCUGCUCCGGCUGCGGGCGGAGGCGCGCACCGAGCCACCCUCUCUGAAAAUCACGGAACGAUAUCAAAUGCCCCUGGUGUUCGAGCCGGGGACCGGCUGGCUGUACGGAUGUAGUCUGGACUGGGCCGGGGUGGUGGUCAGUCGGCUGCACGGGGGAAUAUCCCUUGGGGAUUACUUCGUGGAGCAUAUCUUCAAGCCUCUGGGGCGGGUGGCCCCGUUUCCCCGGUUCAAUAUCAUGCUGCAUCCCGAGUAUCACGCCCAGAUUCUGCAGGGGGCGGUGCGGACACAGGACGGGAAGCUGGCGCCGCUGGAGCGCUGGGCGUUCGAUAACCCCGAGGACCAGGAGGGUGGGAGCGGGCUGGCGGCCACGACGGGGGAUUUCCUGGCCGUGCUCGCGGACCUCGUGUCUGAUACGCCCGAACUGUUGACUCGCGCGACCGUCGCGGAGAUGUUCGUCCCGCAGUUGGAGAAAGGGUCGAAUGGCGUGCAGAUGCUGCUGGGGCUGCGGCCCGCGUGGGAUACCGUUGCGGGCCCGAUUGCGGAGGAUGCGGUCAACCACGGGCUGGGGGGAUUGCUGUGCGUGGGUCCGGUGCCGGAGAUAGAGCAGCCGGGGGGCAUGCUGGCCUGGGGAGGGGCGUCGAAUGUCGUCUGGUGGGCGAAUCGUGAGAAGGGCGUGGCAGGGUUCUUUGCCACGCAGCAGGCGCCCUUUGGGAAUCCGACAGUCACGAAGUUGGUGAAUGCUUGGAAGAAGGAUUUCUGGGCGCAGUUUGACGCGAUUGAUCUGCCUUGACGGCCUGCUUUUAUAGACUAGAGUAGACUGCACUGUUGAGCUUACAUUUGACAAGAUCCCACCCUUCUAAACGCGAGACCAUCUAACAUUGUCCACACCCAAAUGCAAUGCUG